CUCUUUGCUAUGCCCCCCGCACCCUUCGCGGCAUCAUAAAUCGGCGCCAUUAUUUUGGCUUUGCCAACACUACUAUCCCCGAUAUUAUUGCCGGCCAACGUCGGCUCGUAAACAUGGGUCUUUUCAUCUUGAGCCAGCUGCCAAUGCUGCUCCCACGCCAGCUUCCCCCAUAGUUCUUUAUAAGACACCUGCUGCUGCACUGCACACUUCGUUUAUCCGCGACCUGUCCAGCCUGUUCGGUAUAUCUCACAAUCUAAUUAUUGGUUGAACACCCCUGAUACACUUACUUUCUUUCUGUGAUACCCUGCUCCAUUCUGACGGAUCGACGGCCCCAACCAUGACAGACAAGUAUGACAUCGUCAUCAUUGGUGCUGGACCAGUAGGCCUCACACUCUCGACCUGUCUGGCGAGAUGGGGCUACCGCAUCAAGCACAUCGACAACCGCCCCGAACCCACACCGACCGGUCGUGCAGAUGGAAUCCAGCCACGUUCCCUGGAUUUGCUGAGGAACAUGGGCCUGAAGCGUAAGAUCAUGGCCCAUGACCCUGCCAAAGUGUACGAAGUUGCAUUCUGGGAUCCCAAUGCUAAGGGCAUCCACCGAACCGGCACAUGGGCCAGUUGCCCAAAGUUCAUUGACGCCAGAUACCCUUUCACGACGCUGUUGCACCAGGGAUUGAUCGAAAGGGCAUUCAUCGAGGACAUUGAGAGCCAUGGCACGCAAAUUCAGCGACCGUGGACCAUUACUGGAUUUCAGAAUGAUGGAAAAGACCCCGACUACCCGGUUGAGGUCAGCUUAGCACAUGUAGAUGGAACUCUCUCGGAGACAGUCCGAGCUAAGUACUUGUUCUCCGGCGAGGGUGCCAGGAGUUUUGUGAGAGAGCAACUCGGUGUCAAGAUUCACCACAAGGAUCCGAUUGCCCAUGUUUGGGGUGUUAUGGAUGGUGUUGUUCGAACGAACUUCCCUGAUAUUAAGAUGAAAUGCACAAUACAUUCCGAUGCUGGUUCUAUCAUGGUUAUCCCUAGAGAAGACAACAUGGUCCGUCUCUACAUUCAAAUUGCAUCCUCAACCGACCCAGAUUGGCACCCCCGCAAGACAGCCACUGCGGAGGAAGUGCAACGCCGCGCCAAGGCCAUCUUCAAGCCCUAUGAUAUUUCAUGGGAUCGUGUCGAGUGGUACUCCGUGUACCCCAUUGGUCAGGGUAUCGCUGAGCGUUACACUCUCGAUGAGCGGGUCUUUAUGGGUGGUGAUGUAUGUCAUACCCACUCGCCGAAGGCAGGGCAGGGUAUGAACACCGCAUUCCUUGACGCUGUCAACUUGGCAUGGAAGAUCCACCACGUUGAAUCUGGAUUCGCGACACGCGACAUUCUGUCGACUUACGAAUCUGAACGCAAAAAGGUUGCCGAGAAUUUGCUGGAUUUUGAUGCCAAAUAUGCCAAGCUCUUCUCUACACGCAUUCCCUCUGCCGGCGAGGUCGCUGGAGCUUCGAGCGCCGGACCGGAAGAGAACGAUUUCGUCAAGACGUUCAAGGCAAGCUGCGAAUUUACCUCUGGAUAUGGUGUCGCAUAUAACCCCAACUCAAUUAACUGGGGUUCCGAGCACCCGGCUCAACACCCACUAUUCCUGUCCUAUGAGAAAGGAACGAACCUCCGUACUGGACGCAUUCUUACUCCCGCCACUGUGACUCGCGUCGUCGAUGCCAACGUCGUUCAUCUAGAGCAAGAAAUCCCACUCAACGGCUCCUACCGAAUGUACAUCUUCGCCGGUGAGCCAUGGCGCGCGGCAACUGCACUUCGCGACCUUGCCACACACCUCGCAAAUCCGAAAUCAUUCUACUCUGCCUUCAGUCAUCGCGACGACUCGGUAGAUCGAUACCACGAAGUGCACAACCCCCACAACAACUUCAUCUCCAUCUGCACCAUCUUCAACGCCGCCCGCUCAAAGAUCUCGAUCCAGGAGAUGCUCCCAGAAGUCUUCGCCCGGUACCGCGACCAUGUCUACGCUGAUGACGUGUGGGAUCAGCGCGUGCCAGACGCAAAGGCUGCUGCACACGCCAAGAUGGGCUUGAGUGAGGAGAAGGGUGGUAUCGUCAUUGUCCGACCGGACGGAUAUGUAGGAUGCGUUGUCAAAUUGGAGGAGGGUAAGGGUACUGCUGAAGCUCUUAACCAGUACUUCAGCGUGUUGACGGGAAAGAAUCUUGGAGAGAAGAGGGCAGCUUUGUAGAUCUUGUAAAUAUUUCACUUUGAACGUGGCGUUGUAGUAUAGGUUUUAUCCGCAUAGCGUGUUUUCUAUUUGGGCCAAAAGCUUGAGAUAUCGCCAGGCCAUCUGUAG